AUGCCUCCACAACCUCUGAACAAGGACUCCAAAAUCGUAAUCGUCGGCGCUGGUGUCUUUGGCCUCUCAACAGCCCUGCAUCUCGUCCAAAGAGGCUACAGAAACAUCCACCUCUUCGAUAAACAACCCUUCGACAAGAACCAAUAUUCCGAAGAACAAGGCGCGGAUGGGGCCUCGUGCGACUUGAACAAGAUUGUCCGUGCCUCGUACGGGGGCAGACAUCUCUACCAGGAUCUUGCGUUCAAGGCGAUGCCGGAAUGGCAGCGAUGGAAUCGAGAAUUAGCCCAGGAGCAGCAAGAUGAUGAUGUGCAACUACCAGAUUGUCUGAAAGGUGACGAUGUCAAGUUGUGGCAUAACUGUGGAUUCGUGCGGUUGAGUGGCAAUGAAGGAGGAGGAGGAGGAUUAGAGCCGAGUGAGAUUGAAACGCAGAAGAAUUUCCCAGAGCGGAUUAAGUAUACGCAGUAUCGUGUAUCUGACGCAAAGUGGAGAGAAGAUGCGCUCAGGGAUGGAUUGCCCCCGACGAAGAUUGAUCCGUUCGAUCGGCUGGGUAGGGGUCUGCCGGUCGACGGCAUCUUGGACAUGACUGCUGGAUUCGUGUUGGCGAGUCGGGCCUGUGCGUGGGCUUUGCAUCUCUGUGUGAAGUCGGGCGGUGUGAAGACGUAUCUUGGUGAGGAAUUUGGAUUGAGGUCGUUUCUGAAGACGGGAGACACGGUUACGGGGAUCAUCACGGCGGGGAUGGAGAGGCACUCUGCGGAUCUGGUACUGGUCGCUUGCGGCGGGUGGACGCCUAGCUUGUUACCAGACGUCGAUCGGCUCUUGGAGACGACGGGAGGCAGCGUGUUGAGUAUCCAGCUGCCGAAGCAUCGGCAGGAUCUCUGGGAUAAGUACGCGGAAGAGAAGUUCCCUGUCUGGAGCUGGAAUACAGGAUCAUACAAGCCACACGCGACGGUGGGCGGGAUAUACGGCCUCCCCCGGACUCCCGAAGGGAUCGUGAAGAUCGCGUUCCGAGGAGCGAAGUGGACUUCCUACACCCGACGUUCGAGCGUCGGCGAGAAAGUGUCCUACCCCCAGACCGACAUGGACAAGAUCCCCGCCGAAGCAAUGCGAGUUCUCCAAACCUUUUGCGCGGAGAACUUGCCCGACUUGUUGGAGCUCGACCUGUCGAAAUGCAGACUCUGCUGGUAUACCGAUUCCGUAGACAAUGAUUUCCUCAUCGACCACGUGGCAGGGACGCGAGGUCUCGUCGUGGCGUCGGGAGGUUCUGGCCAUGGGUUUAAAUUCCUGCCGGUUCUGGGAGAGCACGUUGUGGAUGUCUUGGAGGGGAAGGAUACGGAGUAUACGCGCUUGUUCCGGUGGCGGAGGGUUCCGGAGGGUGAGAGGAAUGGGCUGGAAGAGGGACCUGAGGGGUGGAGGACGUUGGAUAGGCAACGACUUGCUGGCAAUCGAGAGUGGAGGGGGUUGGAGAGUAGUAGGUUGUGA